AUGGAUCCUCAAGGCCCAGACCAGGGCACUAGGGAAGAAAGUCUUCUGUUUGUCAAGCAGGAGUCAGCUGAACCGGAUAACGGCAAGUACUGCCAGCACUAUGCAUGUGCAGCUCUUCUCAAGAUCCUCAAGGCCAACAAGAAGAACCCUGAAAGUCACUACCAGAAGGACCAACAAUCUCUGUAUUCUCAAUAUGAUACAAGUGGCGUCAAAUCAGCAGAACAUCAGAGCGGGGGCAACAACGAUGCCCGGGCCGCUGAAGGCGAAGAAACUUCGGAAUCUACAUUCGGAGAUGAUGACAACUUUGAGGAAGAAGAUCAAGCUUUCAAGUCCGACGAAGACGAUGGAACCAAGCAAGUCCCCCUCCCAUAUGGCCCUGAUCAUAUUGAGCUAAUUGUAUCAGAUGGCAAGCUACCCAAAUAUGCAAGGCAACAAGAUCGCAUGCGAACAACCAAGAUCGAAAGAAAGAAGCGUUUUGCCGAGGAGGUCCUGUAUGAAAAGGAAAUGCAGAAUCUUGAUCGCUUACUUGAAACUUCGGAAUCGGAUGCCCAAGAGGUGCUAUACGAUGACCAGUCUCCGGAAAAAGUCCCCGAAAGUCAGAGUCCAAAGCCCAAUCCAGUGCCCAUGCCAACACCAAAGCAGGCAAAAAAGGCUCAGAUUUCGAAAAAGGAAAUCAACCGUGCGUCCAAAAUUGGGUUUCAACAUUUGCGUGAGAAACAGGCCGAAAAAUGGUCAACGAAGAAGUCAAAAAAGACCCAACAAAAGACGACCAGGUUAUCCAAUGCUGACAUUGAUAACCUUUUCUAUCAUGAUCUCGUCGCCAGUGCCAAGGCGAAUGCGUCAAUGUCUGAACUUCCUAAGUCUGAAAACAAGGACAAGUCAAAGGCCCUAGCAGAAAUCAUCGCUGCGCUGCCAAUUGACGACCAAAGAGAGGCAAAGUCGGACAGGGCUAAAUGCAUUGAAGCUUCAAAGAAGUUUACACCUUCCGCGAAGUUUAUUGACCAGGCCUGGAAAAUCAAAGGACUAGCGACGGGUCUAUACCACUACCAGCUUAUCUCUACUGCUUGGAUGCGUGAUCGUGAGAACUCCGAUACCGAGCCCAACGGUGGGUUACUGUGUGAUGAGAUGGGCCUGGGUAAAACACUUACAGCAAUCGAGGGACGAUCUGCAGAAGAAGGCCCGACUUUGAUCGUUGUCCCAAGAAACCUGGUCACUCACUGGCUGGAUCAACUUGAGAAACACUGCGAGAAGAACACGGUCACACCGAUCGCGUACCACGCCGGUGCACGACCCCGAAUUUCGGGCAACCUAGGUGCUUGGCUUCAGAAGCAGGACGUUGUGGUGACCACAUACUACGAGAUCAACGCCUCUUACCCGGCUAUGAAGCCACCAGAAAAUGCUGCAGAGUACGAGGCUCUCGAAGAAUGGUGGAAGAGUUUCUAUGCUGAGCAUCUUGGUGUCUUCCACGCAACCAGAUGGCAUCGGAUCAUUCUUGACGAGGCCCACGCCAUCAAGAACCUAGAUGCGAAGACCUCUAUUGCUGUCCGGGCUCUAAGUGCGAAACACAAAUGGGUUUUGAGUGGAACUCCUUUGCAUAAUUGCAUUGAGGAGUUCUAUCCUUAUUUCGAAUUCAUCGGUGUCCCGUCUAGCAGCCCAUUUGAAACUUUCCAAAAGAAUUACUGCAACAGACAACCAGUUUCCCGUGAAAGGCUCAUUGCCAUGCUUCGUCUUGUAUUGCACCGCAAAACGCAUGACAGUCGCAUGUUCAAGUUGCCGCUCAUCCACCUUCCAGGAAUUUCUGAGAACGAAGUAUAUCUUGACCAUAAUCCAGCGGAGGCUUACCUCUAUGAAAGGAUGCAUCAGUUCUUCCUCGAAAUGAUCAAUGGCUUGGUCAGAGACAGAGGAAAGCAGUUCAAAUGCUUUCUCACGAUGGUCCUGAAACUGAGAAUGUUUACAAGUCAUCUACUUGUCGUGCAAGACAUCGUUAAGAGGAUCAUCAAUCAGCCUGGAGUCAUUGAGAACAUGAAACACCUUGUGAAAGGGCAAGGGGAUUCCGAUUCCGCCAAGAUAACCAAAUCCCUCAUAGCUAUGAAGUCCAAUGCUCCCCUGCUCUGGGCCCCUGCUCUCCCUCGGGUGGAGAGCUCAUUUGAUCGCCCACGACCUCCAGCAAGCAGUCAGAACCUACAAGAGGUGCUGCGGGCUAAAUUGGAAAUUCUUCAUGGCCGAGGAAACUGGAACGAGCGCCUUGAGCGUACUGAAUGCCCACGGUGCAGAUCACCACCUGUCGAGUCAUUCGUUCUUACGCCGUGUCUCCACCUCUAUUGCGAGCAAUGUUUUGACGAGCUUCCGGAUGAAAAUGGAAAAACGGAUACAGUCGCUCGACUUUGUUGUAUUUGCAGGGCCCCCAUCAACGAGGCUGGAUUCUACGAGGAUAUAAAUGACCCUGAUAUGUCUGAGCCUCCCGAGCCAGCUCAAUAUAUCGAGACGGAAUUCAUGACCAACACCCCGAAAAGAAAGAAAAGGACUUCCAAGGCAAAGGCCCAGCACAAACGGCAAAAAAAGAAUUCCAAAAUCGAGAAAAGGCCCCUUAAUGUUCGUUUACUCGAUCAUAAACCGGAUGGAGAUUCGAGUGGGAAUUCAAGUGAAGACGAAAUGGACCAGAAGUGCGAUUGGAUUCAGAUCAUCGGCGACAGAAUGCCUAGCACAAAGCUUGAGGCCAUCAAAAAGCUUGUCAAAGAUUGGGUGGAACAAGACCCAACGGUCAAGAUUGUGAUUUUCACCCAAUUUCUAUCAUCAGUCACACUCAUUGAGUGGUUAUGCGUGAACAAUGAUUGGGGAUAUGCCAAGAUGACCGGGCAAAUGUCCUUUGUUUCCCGAGAAAGCCAGAUCAAAACCUUCAAAGAAGAUGAUAAGACCCAUGUUCUUAUCUCUUCCUUGAAGGCUGGUGGCGUGGGCCUUGAUCUUUCGAUGGCAAACAAAUGCAUCCUAGCUUACUGCCGUUUGUACCGUAUCGGCCAAAUUCGUCAGGUUGAAUACGUCAAGCUCAUUACCAAGAGCACAAUCGACGAGCUCCUCCUAACAACACAAAGGAGAAAGACCCGUCAAAUUAGCACUGUAAUGAGCCAGAAGGCUCUUACAAGCACCAAUACGAUGAAAGAGCUGCUAUCUAUGUUCGGGGAUGUCACUGAGACAGUUGGGGGUGGCUUUCAAAUCUCGGCUUACAAUGCUGAACAAGCUGCCAGGUUCUGGGAUGGCAUUCGUGAGAAGGAUAAGACCCGGUGA